CAGCUACUGACCCCAAAUUGGACUUCAAACGUGACAGUGAACAGUAUAAAUGUGGUUGGCACUUUAACCGACAUCACUGUACUCGAGUCAAAGCAAUCACACAAUGAGUGAGCAAGAAUCGCCAGAUGUAGAGCGUUUGGUCCAGCUGUUUCUUGAAAUCGACACCAACGAUGAUGACGUGGUUGAUUUAAAGGAACUCCGGACUUACUAUGGCAAACAUGGGAUUCAACAACGAAAUAUCGAUCAAUGGUUAUCUACUUUCGACGAAAAUAAAGACGACCGAAUUACCUUCAAUGAAUUUUGCCGUGGACUCGGCUUCAAUCCGAACGAACUUCGUAUUGAAAGGAAACACCGAAUUGAACAGCGCAACGGCAAGGGACCACACGUUGCCAGUGAUGUGGAAAUGAUCUCUUCAACUAUGAGCGAUUACAAGAUACAUGAGUGCACGGAGAAAUUCAAACAUCUCAUCGCAAAGUAUGGUGGAAAUGAGAACAAAAUUACUGAAGUCGCCCGUGAGUUCAAGGCGUUCCUGGACAGCGAGUACUCACGUGUGUGGCAGGUCGUCAUUGUCUCCGGGUCGUACUGGAUGCACUUCUCACAUGAGCCAAUGCAGUCGAUUCAAUUCAAAUACGAGAAAUACAUUUGCUUAGCUUGGCGCACCCCUUCGGGUUAGUCUAGUGACUGACUGCGGAGCCAUGCAACAUUAUCCCACUGAAGAGACGUGUACCUGUAUGAGAAUUUGUGCCUGUCACAUUUGGUGUACUUUAUUAUCUGAAUUUUGUCAUUGAAAAAUAGUCAACUGCCAUUUACCUCGGAACACACAUUCUCUUCUCACCAGUGGAGUAAGUGUCAGUGAGUCUUGUUUGUGAAAUCCAGCCACGCGGCCCACG